AUGCUGUUCUUCUUCGCCCUGAUAGUGAUGUUAGNNNNUCGCCAUGAUAGUGAUUGCAGAUUGAAAGGGAAGGAAGAACACGACUGCCAGAACUACGUGAAAAUCGUAACUCCAGAUUUAACGAACGGUCGAGUGUUUAUCUGCGGAACCAACGCUCAGAAACCGAAGUGCAUUCACGCCGAGAUGUCGAACUUGAAGAUUGGUUGGAGGAGAAGGAACGCGACGGACGGUCUGUACAAGUGUCCGUUCGCCGUCGACCAAAAAAAGAUUUACCGUUCGCGAAUCGCCCGCGUGUGCACCGACGACAAUGGAGGCAGAACGAUACUGGACUCCAGCUGGACGACUUUUCUGAAGGCGCGACUCGACUGUUCGUUCCGAGGGGAAUUUCCGUUUCGCUUCAACUACCUGCAGGACGUCGUUCGGACCGUCCGCGGAGGAAAGGUCUUCUACUACGCAGUUUUCACGACGGGGGAACACGAAAUACCCGCCUCGGCCAUCUGCCGUUUCGGCCUCGACGACAUAAGGGACAACUUCGAAAGAGGUCCGUUCUUGCGACCGACGGCUCCUUGGGGACGCAUCCCGGACGAGGACGUUCCGGACAACAGACCGGGCGAUUGUUCGGUCGACUCGACUCUACUCUCGUACGAAGAUCUAAACUUCGUGAAAUCGCACCCGUCGCUGUACGAACCGGUCGGAAGUGGGGACCCGCUCUUUACGCUCGUUCGACAAAACUACAGGUUUAAGACGUUGACCGUGACUGAGACCGGUAACCUUACGGUCGUUUUCGUCGGAACGGACGACGGUCGAGUCUUGAAAUUGGUGAUGUCAGAAAAUCGGGCCGUCCUUCUGUACGUCAUGCGCCCGACGGAGCAACCGAUCACGAACGCCGGGUUGCACGGGAACUUUUUGUACGUAACCUCUACCGAUCGACUUUACGAAAUCCCUCUUUUACGGCAUUGCCGACUCCUGAACGAUCGCACACGCAAGCAAGAUCCGCAUUGCAGUUUGAUGUCGACGCACGCUGGCGUCGAGUUGGAACCAAGACCGUCGGAGCACGUGCAAACAGUGGAAAAGACGAACGCGGACGUCGAGUUGGAACCAAGACCUUCGGAGCACGUGCCGAAUGCCGAAGUCAAGUUGGACCGAAGGCGUUCGGAGCACUUGCCGAAC